UAAUCGGUUGGCAUCGCCUGUCACCAAAGAUGCUUCGGGGCGCCCAUCCUCGCAAACACUUGUCGGUCAUUCUGGAAAUGAUCCGUUUCAAACGCUACCUAAAAGGCCACGAGCUUUUUCAGAAUCCGAUGCAAAAGAAACAGAGGGGGAUCUCCCUUCUCGGUCAACAUGGCUUCCCUCUGACAUCAUUGUACGGGACUUUGCUCGUAUACGAUUGA